UAUGCUUUGCUCCUCGCCAGAGUCCUGUGUUGCCCCCAGGAAGGAGAUAGCUAGUAGUUCAUAACAACGCUGCUCAAAGCAACAAUGCCUAAACUCAGGUCGAUCUUCACCGUUCUCAUUUUGACUCUGCUACUAUUGGUCAGUGUAUCUUCAGGGCAAACCGCAACAAAAGAAGGCAACCAUGAAUAUUCUUUGGAAGUGGCAGAGUUCGCCUCUCUUCAGUCCCAGAUGCAGAGACACGGAAGGAGGGUUCUAACGGACCUUCAGGAUUACGACUACGGUGGAUCCAACCCCAAACAUGAUCCGCGCAAGAAGCCAGGGAAUGGGCACUCCCGGUGAGCCAUGACACUACUGGAAAUCCAAAGGACAGGAUAAACUCCCGGUGACCCAUGACGCCGCAGCGACUGGAUCUGUAUCCUACUGAGUCUAGAAGCAGAAUGGAUCGUGCUUGCAGCAUGCAUUCCGAUGUGUGCUGAUUCAGGCACUUGUUGUAGUUGUAGAAAGUCUAAGGCUGUUAAGUUGAGUUGUUCAGAUAAGUUAACGACUAGUAUGUCAGUGAAUUCGUUACCGUUUUCGAUGACAGUGUCGUUGUAAAAUUUCCCCGAGUACGAGCACGCAUUACAGUUUCAGCCUUGCAUC